UCCAACGAGGAGCGCAACCUCCUCUCCGUGGCCUACAAGAACGUGGUGGGGUGCCAGCGCUCGGCCUGGAGGGUCAUCUCCAGCAUCGAGCACAAAACCGAGGAAGGGGACGACAAAGCUCAGCUGGUGAACGAGUACCGGGAGAAGGUGGAAGAGGAGCUGAAUAGCGUCUGCAAGAACGUCCUCAACUUGCUGGACAAGUAUCUCAUCAGGAAGGCGCAAGACGCCGAGAGCAAGGUCUUCUACCUGAAGAUGAAGGGCGAC